AGUGCAGCGUGACCGUGUUUACAUUGAGCAGCGGAACAGCAGAUGUCACUAAAACCAAAUAACACUUCAUUAUAUUGAUUUUAUUUUUAUUUGUAAGCAUAUAUGCUUCCAGACAGCCCUGAUAUAUGUCAGAUUAUUUAAUAUCCUGCGUUUAUUUCCAGGAUGAUCUAAGCGACAGUGUUUACUGAAGCCCUGUGUCUCGGUAUGUCUCGCGGAAGCGUCAUUACAGCGAGCCUUUAAAUGACAGCUACUGCAGCAUCAUGGCUCCUAAAGACCCUGUGCUCGGCACUCUGAAAGUGUGUGUGCUGAGCCUGCAGUCAGAGGGGGGGCUUGUGACCGACAGUAACCCCCACCUGGCCUCCUGCUGCGAGCUGCUGGAGCUGCUUCUCAGGAAGGGGCUGCAGCAGCCUGUUCUCAGCCUGGUGCACAGAGACUACUGGCACUGUUUUGAGCAGCUGAACCACAAAGACGCCUGCGGCAGACUCUCCUCCCUGUCCCUGGUGCUGGAGCAGACCAGAGUCUGCAGGAAGUUGCUCUCGGCUCAGGGAAGAGGACGCUUCCUGCUCCGGCUCGCCCUCCAUCGCAGAGUCCUGUCUCAGCUCCUCACACACCUGCUGCACACACCCCGGGUCCUGGAGACCCCGGGUCCUGGAGGAAAUGAUAUGCAUGCAGAGAUGAAUGCUGUGUCUCCCCCGCAGUGGUACAGUCCGGACGCGUCCAUCCUCAGGAACGAGGCGUUUUUAGAGCCCUUCAUGUCUCUGCUGCUGGUCCUCUCGAACAUGGACUUCAAACUGGACAUGGAGAACUGCAGCUUUCUGGAUGAGAGCUGGAUCCUCCCGGUGUGUGAGAAAUAUGAAGUGGUGCCGUGCCGCGAGGUCGGGCUGGUGCUCAGGUAUCUGAGCGGACGCGUCUUCGUGCUGGAUCUGACGCCGGGCGGUCAGGCGCACGUCGACAACUUCAUCCGUCCUGGAGACAUCAUAGACGAGAUCAACGGGACCUCGCUGAGGAACUCAAAGAACGGACAGGCGGGUCUGGUUCUGUCCCGGCUGAAGGGCCUCCCUCUCUCCAUCGGGGUUCUGCGCUGGAGGGCCCGGGACGGGACGGUGUUUCGGCCUCUCAUCAAACUCCUGAGGGCCCUGAAGACGGAGAACCCCUCCCUUCAGCUCGGACCCACGACAGCCCCGCAGACAGAACCUGAGGACCAGAACCCCUCGCAGUGCUUCAAAGAGGGGAGGAUUGUGUACAUUGUGCAGUUCUUGGGAAGAGCAAACAUCGGCAUGCACGGGGGGAAAGAGGUCCUGCAGAAUGCCAUCACACAAGUGCUGCAGAGAAACCAGCAGAGCAAGGAAGUGCUGUUAGACCUGAAGGAAACACACCUGACGUGCACGGAGAGAGACAGUAAACAGGAGCUGUUUGAGCAUCACUAUCCAGAGAUCUCCUGUGUGGGCCGGUUCGGUCAGCCGGACUACACCAUCUUUGCUUUCUGUGUGGCAGACUCCCCGGAAACCCCUCAGUCGACGGGCUUCUGCUGCGUGGCGCUCAGGGCCAAGAGCAUCAGGGAGUGUGAGGACAUGGUGUGUCGAAUAGGUGUGUGAUUUACUUCCACGUUAGGGACCUUGUUCACUAUGAAGUGAAUGGGAUUAUUAACUGAUAACAUGUACCAUUACAAACAUAUUGUACAUGUAUCCUGCUUUAGAUUUUCUGUACAUUUUGUCCCAAAUGUAUAUUUUAAAUGCCAUUUUAUUGUAAUUACGUCACCUUGUUUUUAUGCUGCAACAAAAUCAUUUCCCGAAUUGGGAUCAAUGAAGAAUUUCUCUCUCGAGUGACUGUAGGACCUUUUUAUUCAACCUUAAACAUUCAGUACAAUUUAUCUGAAUUAUACUUGUCCUCCUCAUGCAUUAAGGAAAAAAGUGUAUCAUUGGCAACCUUUGAGACAAUCUGUAUUCCACACUGCUUCUAAUGAACACCUAAUUUGUCAAAAACUGUAAAGAUAAAACAGACUCUGGCUCCUUAUUCACAGCAAUUCCACUAAUCAUUAACGUGCUGCAGUUAUUCAGCAAGUACUUGGGUUUCCUGUGUGGUAAUGUGUUCAUUAUAUAACAGUAAUGCAUUGAGUCAGGGGCUUUUGGUUUGCAAGGAUUUUCUUUGUAAAAAUACAAAUCAAUUGCAUUUCAUCGACUAAAAGCCAUGUCUUUUCCUCUUCCAGCUACCGGUUUCAAACACACCGAGUGGUUUGUAUGACAGCUCUACCAUGCCUCUUGUUUUAU